CCUGAGGCUCACUGACUGCAGCUGCCUUCCCGCAGACCAUCUCCAUUUUUGAGGAGCGGGCACACAUCCUUUACAUGUCCUUGGAGAAACUCAGGUUCAUAGAUGACCCGGAAGUAUACCUUCGGAGGUCCGUCCUUAUCAACAACCUGAUGAAGAGGAUCCAUGGCGAGAUCCUCGUGCAGAACAGCUGGUGCCUCCCCGCCUGCUCCCUCAGCGGCCCCACUGCCCAAGAGUGGUUCCUGGCUCAAGACUGUCCCUACCGAAAACGGCCCCGGGUAGCCAAAGAAGAGUGGGAAAAGUUCCACACUUGCUGCCUGUACCAGGAGUGUGGCGGUCACUGCCUGAAUCUACCCCUUUCUGCCAGUGCUGGUGUUGGAAGCGCUUCAGCUGCUGCUGUGGCCACAUCUGCCUCCUCUCCGUCCUCCCCCUCCCCCUCCUCCCCUCUGCCCUUGCCUAGCUGCUCCCACCACGUGGACUUCGAUGUAGGCAGUGCACCUGUUUACAGGAGCCAGAUACCUGCCAAUGAGAUCUUUGUCACUAACAUUAGGUCGCUCGGGGCCCAGGAAAAGGCCAAAUUCAACAGCGAUGGGAAAGCACAUCAGGAGACCAGCAGAGACGGCGAAGCCCUUAGCCAGGAACCUGUGGGAAAUGACCUUGAUUUUGAGGGCAAAGGCCAGUUUUACGAUUAUUUUGAGACUGGAUAUAAUGAGAAAAACCAUGCGAACGAGUCUUGGAAAAAGUCUUUGAGGAAAAAGGAGCUUUCCCCCAGCAACAAACUGUGCUGCAGCCGAGGGGGUAAGAUGUGACAGGCCUCCCAGGGACCCACGGAGGCAGCACAGCACGAGCGGUUCCUGUUUUGAAUGAAUUUUGUAGUUUUGUGCCACUGACAAGACUCUGCAGUGAACGCCAUGUUGUCUCUCGGCCUGGAGAGCAGAUGGCACCAACAUCAGUACCGUAGGCAGCCACACGCCGCUUAGUGAUGAGAUCUCGCCAAGGAAAGCCAACUCCAUGUUGAAAAGUAUAUCUCAGUUUUGUUUUGUUUUUUUUAAACCGGUAGAUUAGACAGCAGGCAACAUGCCCUUGUUCUAUUCCCACUGCCCCUCCGAGGAGCCUGCUGCUAGCCACGGCCGACAUGUCUGCCAGUUAAUUAGUUAUUCUGUAAACAAAUCAAUACAAGCAGCAGAGGUGUCUGCUUCAGUAUGGUAACAGUAUUUUUUCUUCCUGAGUAAAAGACUGAAGACAGCACGCUACAGGAAAUGGUUUCAUGAGCUGGGACAUGCUGUGUUGGAUAGGUUGGGAUGAGAUGAACCCCCCUCCCCCCGGCAGGACAGCAGUCUGGGGUCUGUGGAGACUUCCUGAAAGCUCCUGGCUCGCCUGUGGUGGACAGUGGGUGGCUAGAGGUGUUGUCUUCCAUGGGGUGUGUAGGGAGGUGGCAUGCGGGGCCAUCUUGGUGAUGGGGUGUUGGGGAGGUGGCAUGCAGGGCCAUCUUGGGUGCCUUACUUGAUCUUAAUUUUUGCGGAUGUGAAAAUUAAGGCUAAAUCAGAGUUACAGCAGGGAUUUAACAAACAGGAAAAAACACAGGGUGGUUCCAUGCGACUUGGAAGCUUCACUUUGAACUGUGUGUUCAGCUUUUGAUUCACCAUCCUUUUUCCUUUGUUUUUGACGCCCAGUGGCUGUGGGUCUGAUAUUUUGAGUAGAGAUGGAGGAGACAGUAGCAAGGCCAUUAGGAACGGGGAAGGUUCUUGGGCUUUGCCAUGGCAGUGAGCUGGGCCUGGGCUUUGCCAUGGCGGUGAGCUGGGUCCGGGCUUUCCCGGCUUUGGGUUGUUUUGUUUUCUUGUCCAGUGAUGUUCACAGCCGUGGCAUGCGUUAUACUUUGACUGUUUUGCAUCAUUUCAUGCGUUUAGACUCUUAAGAGCAUGUGGUUUCUAUAUGCGACUUCGCUGUUGACUGAGAAGCACAAUGUUAGUAGAUGACGUGGUGAUGAGACGUUUUACCUUAAAGAAUGUAAAGGUGGCAGGUUACGGGACGCAAUUUUGGAGAAAUGGGACUUGUCUUCGUUACUGGGUAUUUGGCCAACACCCCCUCAACAAUACCUUGAUUGCACAUUGCUGAGGGGCCACAGUGGUGCUCUGGCCAGGCCCCCAGCUCUCCCUGAUGAAAUCCUUCCCACCUCCACGGCCAAGGUUGGUUAGGUGACUUGGGCUGUUUAAAACAAUUCUUCACAGGAACCAAGUGCCAAGUGGAGGAAAGAGGUAAGUUCUCGCGCGUUCUCCAAGAUGAAGCCUUUUAACUGUUGCUGUUAACAUGAACUAGGUCUCACUCAUACAGUGUAUGAGGGGAUCGUUUGGGCAAUUGUCCGCAAGGACCAAUUUUUAAAACAUGUUCCUGUGUUAUGGCUCAAUAGUUAGUGAUGUUUUGUCCUUUAUUUUCAAUAUUUGAUGAACAUUUUGGUGUUGGAAAUUUAGGUGAUAGGCGCUUGUACAUGACUGUGCUGUAACAAAGUGAGGUUUUCUUGAUAUAUAUUUAUUAAAAUCAUCAAAAUUCAUUAUGUUUUUACAAAGUUCA